GUUUGCACCUCUCCCUGCCCGGGUGCUUGGACCGCCACUGCAAAGCCAACUUUGGAAAAAGUUUUUUGGGGGAGACUUGGGCUUGGAGGUGCCCGGCCCUGCGAUUUCUGAUCUGGGGAGUCUUUCCAGAAAAUGUUGCAAAAAAGCUAAGCCAGCGGGCAGCGGAACACGCCUUCAGCCGGCGAGUGAAGACGAACCAUCGACUGUCGUGUUCCUUUUCCUCUGGGAGGUUGGAGUCCCCUGCGCGCCCCCACACGGCUAGACGCCUCGGCUGGUUCGCGACGCAGCCCCCCAGCCGUGGAUGCUCGCGCGGGCUCGGGAUCCGCCCAGGUAGCGGCCUCGGACCCUGGUCCAGUGCCCAGGUCCUCCAAAGCCCCUCAGCGACGGAGCCGGAGCCGGGGGCGGCGGCGCCUGGGGGCCAUGCGGGUGAGCAGCGGUGGCGGCUGCAGCGGCCUGAGCGCCUGACCGCCGCGGACCGGAGCGGCGCCCACCCUCCUCCCCAGCCCCCAACCCUGGCCGCGGGGGCGGCGCGCUCGGUCUACGCGUCCGGGGCCCAGAGGGGCCGGGCCCGGAGUCGGCAUGAAUCGCUGCUGGGCGCUCUUCCUGCCUCUCUGCUGCUACCUGCGUCUGGUCAGCGCCGAGGGGGACCCCAUUCCUGAAGAACUCUAUGAAAUGCUGAGUGACCACUCCAUCCGCUCCUUUGAUGACCUCCAGCGGUUGCUGCACGGAGACUCCGUAGAUGAAGACCAGGCCGAGCUGGACCUGAACAUGACCCGGGCACACUCUGGAAGAGAACCAGAAAGCUCAUCUCGAGGGAGGAGGAGCUUGGGUUCCCUCGCAGCCGCGGAACCAGCCAUGAUCGCCGAGUGCAAGACGCGCACGGAGGUGUUCGAGAUCUCGCGGCGCCUGGUCGACCGCACCAACGCCAACUUCCUGGUGUGGCCACCCUGCGUGGAGGUGCAGCGCUGCUCCGGCUGCUGCAACAACCGCAACGUGCAGUGCAAGGCCACGCAGGUGCAGCUGCGGCCAGUGCAGGUGAGAAAGAUAGAGAUUGUGCGGAAGAAGCCGACCUUUAAGAAGGCCACAGUGACCUUGGAGGACCAUGUGGCCUGCAAGUGUGAGACGGUGGUAUCUGCUCGGCCUGUGACCCGAAGUCCGGGGACAACCCAGGAACAUCGAGCAGCCAAGACACCUCAGACUCGGGUGGCCAUUCGGACAGUGCGAGUCCGCCGGCCCCCCAAAGGGAAGCACCGGAAGUUCAAGCACACACAUGACAAGAUGGCACUGAAGGAGACCCUUGGGGCCUAGGGGCAUAGGCAGAAGAGUGUGGGCAGGGUUAUUUAAUAUGGUAUUUGCUGUAUUGCCCCCAUGGGGUCCUUGGAGUGAUAAUGUCGUUCCCCUCGUCCGUCUGUCUCGAUGCCUGAUUCGGACGGCCAAUGGUGCUUCCCUCAACCCGAGUGCCCGACCACCCUCUACCAGCGCCUGUCCCCCACGGCCUGCCCUGCAGCUCCUAGAGCAAACGGAGGACUCUACUCCAUGUUUCUUUCUCCCUUGACCCCCCAAACCUGAGACAAGUGUGUGGGAGCCUCACGGGGGACUGUGGACUGGCGCCAGCAGCCCGACUCAUGGCCUGAGGGCCUCAGCAUGGCUUGCCUGGUACCUGGACCCCUGGCUAGCCAGAAGGAACACCUCCAGGCAGGCUAGGAAACCCUUGUAGUCCUGUGGCCAGGACCACAUGGCGAGCGCAGAUUGGAGGAAUCCUCACAGCACCCAGAUCUGCCACUCAUCUCCUGUCCCUGUCCCCUUGGCCCACAAUGGCUUCUUCUCAUUUCACAAGAGCAAAAUCUGGAAGACAUGAACUCCUCUGGGCAGGUGAUCACAAGCCUUCUAAUGGGUUAGAGGGGCAGUUUGCUCUUGAGGUGAAUGCAGAUGUGACCUGGACAGCCAUCACCUGCCUCUUCCCAUCUCAAGUCAUUUCCUCCUGUUCCACGUCUCUACCUCCAUGCUGUCAUCUUCCUCCUAUCUUGACUCUUCGUUUGCACCACCAUGGGUUUCUUAGACCCUGAUUGAGUUCCUGAAUGACCUCAGUCAUUCUUUUGGGCAGGAGAUCUGUCCACUAUAUUCCAGUCCAGCCAAGACUGCCAUGUAAGGUUGUGCAAGGUGUGUGCUGCACAUGGGCAGUGCAUGCAGGGAAUACUGUUCACACUCUAGAUAUGGACAACUUGUCAAUUUAUUAUGACUUUCUGGCAGAUGUAGGUCAAGCCUCUGAGGAAAGGGAUCUCGUUCUAAUUCACACCAAGGCCCUGUGUGUACUGGCUGUGUAGAUCUGACCCAGCCUGUGGCUUGGAGUAAGUCUGUGGUGUGGGAGGCAAAGCGGUUUAUCGCCCAUUGUUUGCAGUUACCCUGGCUGAAUCCGGCUGUCUCCUUCCAGGCAGGAACUGGACACUAAGAAGUCUCCAAGGGAGGGGCAGCCCUCUCCACACCCCCUGCCCCCUUGCACACUGCCCCUCAGUUCCUACCUGGUGGCUCCUCCCAGAAACCAGCUGGUGGGCUGGGGGUGGGGAAAGGAAGGGAGAACCCCAGAGCCUGAGUGGGACUGGCGUCAGUGCACCCAUUUCCCGUCCCACCUCCUCUGCACUUUGCCCUCCCUCUUCCAGAUCUGCUUCCUUCAGUUUGUAAAGUCGGUGAUUAUAUUUUUGGGGGCUUUCUUUUUAUUUUUUAAAUGUAAAAUUUAUUUAUAUUCCGUAUUUAAAGUUGUAAAAAAAAUAA